AUGCUCAACGUCAUCGUUUUUGGUGGAAACGCAACUCAAAACCAUGAUACGUUAUUUUCAUCUCUAUCUUUAGGUUUGAAUGUUCGGGAACUAUACGUUUACAAGAACUGUACAUCCGGCUGCACUUUUUUAUAUCCAUCCCAAACACCCCCUGAAGCCCCGAGAGUCCUUAAAACUAAUAGUUUUUAUUUUGUUCAUUGUUGUUUUAGUAUGACUUGCAAUGAGGGAGGACCUACUAAUUUCGAGAGGGAUAUCCUACCCGAUUAUACAAUUGAGGAGGAGUUAGAAGGAACUGUGCGCCUGGGGGAGUCAACAUUUUUCCUGAGUGUUGCCUCCAUCCUAGUCAGCAAUAUACUGACAUGAGAAGCCCUCUUGGAGGGCCUGAUCUCUCCCCCCAUUCCUCAGAGCAAGUUCACUCUCCUUUCCUCCCUUGUGAGCCAGGGACCCUGACCCACAGGCCUCCCAGUUGGCCGGUUACCCCUUUCCAGCUUAUUUCAAGAGAGAAAUAAAGAACAUCAUU